AAUGAUUAUUGUAGUACACGUCUUUGUCAUUAGCACUAUAUUACGUGUACAAAUGCAUCAGCGAACGUAGGUUUUGUCAUCGAUUAGGGUGCGUAUUUAAAACGGCCGCCGUCGCCAUAAUAUUCAUAGUCAGCGGGUGCCUUCUCUCACAGUUACACCUUGUGUAAACAACUCGAUUUGAAAAUGCAUAAAUCCGUGUUAUUAGCUCUUGCUUUUGUGGCCGCUGCUCUAGCUGUACCACAACAUGAUCAAAACCCGGUUUACAUCCUGAAGCAAGCGGCCGAUGUCAACCCAGAGGGCUACCAGUUCGAGUUUGAAACAAGCGACGGAACAUCUCGUCAGGAGCAAGGUACCCUAAAACAAGUAAGCGAGGACCACAAGGCGAUCGAAGUGUCCGGCAGCUAUAAGUAUGUCGCGCCCGACGGUGUCACUUACACUAUCACCUACACGGCCGACGAGCGUGGUUUCCAGCCACAGGAGCAUGUUGAACACCAGGGCAAUCAACAAUACCAGCAGUAAACCAAAUCGUUCAAUAAACAAAUGUCUAGACUGUGACACCAGCUGAUCCAAAUAUCGAGUCAUUAGAUGAAUUUGUGCUAAUACUUCUAUCAAUAUUUGGGAGCGUUAGCACAAUUAUUAUUAUUGUAAUGUUUGCUCGUCGUUUGUGUAGGUUUUACUACACUGCUAUGUCUGAUACUGUUAUGUAAAUAACACGAUUAUGUGAAGCGCAAAGGUUAAACACGUAAUUGCAUAAUUGUUUUUUUUUUUGCGAAAGUCUAUGAGCAAAUAUACUUGAGUUCUAAAAUGAGUGUUCAGCGUUGCAGACGUUUGUGCACGGAUAUGCAAUCACGUGUUUAAUUUAAAAAGUGAAACUGGAAUUUCACUACUACAUAGAAUUAUGAUUGUUGUGUUUUUGUAUGUUUUGUAUAUUUUUGUACAUAUUAAAUAAAUGUUUGUUUUGUAAAUGAA